AUGACAGCCAUGAAGCAGGAGCAGCAGCCCACCCCGGGGGCCAGGGCGAGCCAGGCGCAGCCGGCGGACCAGGAACUGGGAAGUAACAGCCCUCCACAGAGAAACUGGAAGGGAAUUGCUAUUGCCCUGCUGGUGAUUUUAGUUGUAUGCUCACUCAUCACUAUGUCAGUCAUCCUCUUAACCCCAGAUGAACUCACAAAUUCAUCAGAAACCAGAUUGUCUUUAGAAGACCUCUUCAGGAAAGAAUUUGUGCUUCAUGAUCCAGAAGCUCGAUGGAUCAAUGAUACAGAUGUGGUGUAUAAGAGCGAGAAUGGACAUGUCAUUAAACUGAAUAUAGAGACAAAUGCUACCACAUUAUUAUUGGAAAAUACAACUUUUGUAACCUUCAAAGCAUCAAAACAUUCAGUUUCACCAGAUUUAAAAUAUGUCCUCCUGGCAUAUGAUGUCAAACAGAAUGCAGUAGAAAGCAGUAGUCACUCUAUAUCACCACCCCUUAAAUUUCUGCUCAUUUCUUUAGAUCUGAGUCAAAUAUUUCAUUAUUCGUAUACUGCUUCAUAUGUGAUUUACAACAUACAUACUAGGGAAGUUUGGGAGUUAAAUCCUCCAGAAGUAGAGGACUCCGUCUUGCAGUAUGCAGCCUGGGGUGUCCAGGGACAGCAGCUGAUUUAUAUUUUUGAAAAUAAUAUCUACUAUCAACCUGAUAUAAAGAGCAGUUCACUGAGAUUGACAUCUUCUGGGAAAGAAGGAAUUAUUUUUAAUGGCAUUGCUGACUGGUUAUAUGAAGAGGAGCUUCUGCAUUCUCACAUCGCCCACUGGUGGUCACCAGACGGAGAGAGGCUUGCCUUCCUGAUGAUAAAUGACUCACUGGUGCCUAACAUGGUUAUCCCUCGGUUUACUGGCGCGUUGUAUCCCAAAGGGAAGCAGUAUCCAUAUCCAAAGGCAGGUCAAGUGAACCCAACAAUAAAAUUAUAUGUUGUAAACUUAUAUGGACCAACUCACACUUUGGAACUCAUGCCACCCGACAGUUUUAAAUCAAGAGAAUACUAUGUCACUAUGGUUAAAUGGGUAAGCAAUACCAAGACAGUGGUAAGAUGGUUAAAUCGACCUCAGAACAUCUCCAUUCUCACCGUCUGUGAGACCACUACUGGUGCUUGCAGUAGAAAAUAUGAGAUGACAUCAGAUACAUGGCUCUCUAAACAGAAUGAGGAGCCUGUGUUUUCCAGAGAUGGUAGCAAAUUCUUUAUGACUGUUCCUGUUAAACAAGGGGGCCGUGGAGAAUUUCACCACAUAGCCAUGUUCCUUGUGCAGAGCAAAAGUGAACAAAUUACUGUGCGGCAUCUGACAUCAGGAAACUGGGAAGUGAUAAAGAUCUUGGCAUAUGAUGAAAAUACGCAGAAAAUUUACUUCUUGAGCACAGAAUCUUCUCCUAGAGGGAGGCAGUUGUACAGUGCUUCUACUGAAGGCCUAUUGAAUCGCCAAUGCAUUUCAUGUAAUUUUAUGAAAGACCAGUGCACAUAUUUUGAUGCCAGUUUUAGCCCCAUGAAUCAACAUUUCUUAUUACUCUGUGAAGGUCCAAGGGUCCCAGUGGUCAGCCUGCAUAGUACGGACAACCCAGCAAAAUAUUUUAUAUUGGAAAGUAAUUCUGUGCUGAAGGAAGCUAUCCUGAGGAAGAAGAUAGUAAAGUCAGAAAUUAAAAUCCUCCAUAUUGACGACUAUGAACUUCCUUUACAGUUAUCCUUUCCCAAAGAUUUUAUGGACCGAAACCAGUAUGCUCUUCUGUUAAUAAUGGAUGAAGAACCUGGAGGCCAGCUGGUUACUGACAAGUUCCACAUAGACUGGGAUUCUGUACUUGUCGACACAGAUAAUGUUAUUGUAGCAAGAUUUGAUGGCAGAGGAAGUGGAUUUCAGGGCCUGAAAAUUCUGCAGGAGAUUCAUCGGAAGUUAGGUUCAGUGGAAGUAAAGGACCAAAUAGCUGCUGUGAAAUUUCUGCUGAAACAGCCAUAUAUUGAUUCCAAAAGAUUAAGCAUUUUUGGAAAGGGGUAUGGUGGCUACAUUGCAUCAAUGAUCUUAAAAUCUGAUGAGAAGCUUUUUAAAUGUGGAUCAGUGGUUGCACCCAUCACAGAUUUGAAAUUGUAUGCUUCAGCUUUCUCUGAAAGAUACCUUGGUUUGCCAUCUAAGGAAGAAAGCAUGUACCAGGCAACGAGUGUGCUACACAAUAUUCAUGGUUUGAAAGAGGAAAAUAUAUUAAUAAUACAUGGAACUGCUGACACAAAAGUUCAUUUCCAGCAUUCAGCAGAGUUAAUCAAGCACCUAAUAAAAGCUGGAGUGAAUUAUACUAUGCAGGUCUACCCAGAUGAAGGUUACAACGUAUCUGAGAAAAGCAAGUAUCAUCUGUACAGCACAAUCCUCAGAUUCUUCAGUGAUUGUUUAAAGGAAGAACUAUCCGUGUUACCACAGGAACCAGAAGAAGAUGAAUAA